CCUAUCAGCUCAUCACUGUGGUGAUCGCAGCAGCGGGAGGUGGGCUUCUACUCAUCCUGGGCAUCGCACUGAUCGUUACCUGUUGCAGAAAGAAUAAAAACGACAUAAGCAAGCUCAUCUUCAAAAGUGGGGAUUUCCAAAUGUCCCCAUAUGCUGAGUACCCCAAGAACCCUCGCUCACAAGAAUGGGGCCGAGAAGCUAUUGAAAUGCAUGAGAAUGGAAGUACCAAAAACCUCCUCCAGAUGACGGAUGUGUAUUACUCGCCUACAAGUGUAAGGAAUCCUGAACUUGAACGAAAUGGACUCUACCCGGCCUACACUGGAUUGCCAGGAUCACGGCAUUCUUGCAUUUUCCCCGGACAGUAUAACCCAUCUUUCAUCAGCGAUGAGAGCAGGAGAAGAGACUACUUCUAA